CAUCCCUGUUUAUCAAUGAGCCUCCAUAAAAAUAACCUCCCUAUUCUCACCUUCCUCGUCCUGGCUUCCUCGUUUGCCUCCACAUAUGCAGCCAGGUUCAAUAUCAUAAACAGAUGUCCUUUUGUGGUCUGGGCAGCAGCUGUGCCCGGCGGCGGAAGGCGGCUUAACCCAGGAGAAUCAUGGCCUCUAGAUGUCAGCCCGGGGACGACAGCAGCUCGCAUUUGGGCUCGAACCAAUUGCAGAUUCGACGGGACAGGCCGUGGCCGAUGUGAGACGGGGGACUGUGGGGGUGUACUCCAAUGCACAGGUUAUGGUCAGCCACCAAACACAUUGGCCGAAUACGCACUGAACCAGUAUAACAACUUGGAUUUCUUCGAUAUCUCCCUCGUUGACGGCUUCAAUGUUCGUAUGGAGUUCAGUCCGACGUCGCCUCAGUGCAGCCGCGGAAUCAGAUGCGUGGCGCAUAUCAACGAGCAGUGCCCCAACCAGUUGAGAGCCUCCGGAGGGUGCAACAACCCUUGCACCGUGUUCAAAACCGAUCAGUAUUGUUGUAAUUCCGGAAGCUGUGGUCCCACCGAUUACUCGAGGUUUUUCAAAGAUAGGUGUCCGAGUGCGUAUAGUUAUCCCAAGGAUGAUCAAACCAGUACAUUUACAUGCCCUGGUGGUACAAACUAUAAGGUUGUCUUCUGCGCUAAUUGAAAUGGUUAAUGUUUGUUUGUGUUAUAAGUUAGUUAAUAUUUGCAUGGAAUAAGAGCUUUUAAUAGGGCUGUGUUUGGAUAUGCGCCUAAGCUAUUUUUAUAUAUAUAUAUAUAUAUAUAUGCGGAAAUUCUAUGGUGAGGACGGUCCGCAUGAGGAUCGCAGUAUUAGUGACGGUUUUUCAUAGUAUUAACGACGGUUUUUUCUAAAAUUGUCACCAAUACUAUGAAAAACCGUCACCAAUACUGUGGUCCGCAUGAGAAUAGUCCGCACCAUAGACGGACUGUAUAUAUAUAUAUAUAUAUGAAUUUUAAGUUAGUGGGUCGUUUUAUAUUAUGUGUACAACGUACUCUGUAUGAUCUCCAUCAAUCAUCA